AUGCCUGCACAGGUCGAUGCGGUCGAGACGGCGCUGGAGAGGGAGCUGCAACGUAGAGCAGCUCCGAAUGUAGGCCAGCUCUAUGAAGCCGGCGACGCCCGUGCCAAGGGGUCCAAGAGCUCGGCCAAGGGGCCGCCGGGGCCGGGGCCGGGGCCAAUGCCCAGUGUCCCCCCAGUCACGGCUGGGCGAAUGUUUGGCGACAUCCACAACCUCAAGGAGGAGGUGGCAAGAGGUGGAAAGCCGGAGACCGGCACACUUACGGUGGCCUUGCAGAAAAAGUUCUCUGACAAUUUCUUUGGCAAGAUCGCCAAGAACAAAUACUUCGAGGGCAUCACGAUCUGCGUCAUCUUCUUGAAUGCUCUUGCGAUUGGUGUGGAUGCAGACUACUCGGCGAGGAAUGAAGUACCGGCCAACCUCUACGACGGGGAGGUCUUCUUCAUCGUGGUUGAGGUGUUUUUUGCAUCUUACUUCACCAUCGAGAUCCUCAUCAGAUUCCUGGCGUACCGUCAAAAGCUCCUCUGUCUUCGAGAUGGUUGGUUCGUUUUUGACACGCUCUUGGUUUUGAUGAUGGUCUGGGAGACCUGGAUCAUGCCAUUUGUGGGCCUCGACUCGGGCUUGGGCCAGCUUAGCAUUCUCAGGCUUCUUCGGCUUCUUCGCAUCACCAGAAUGGCAAAGCUCAUGAGAGCCUUUCCACAGCUGAUGAUGAUCAUCAAAGGCAUCUCCGCUGCAGCUCGAGCUGUUGGUUGGACAGCGGUCCUCCUGGUCAUAAUCAGUUUCACAUGGUCCAUCCUCUUCACCAAUGAGUACCACCAAGGUCUCAUAACGGAUGAUGAAAUGAAGGAGUGGGCUGACGACGACCCGCGGAAGAUACACGAGUACUUCGGCGGGAUGGACAAGUCAAUGCUUACCCUGCUCAUCAUGGGUACCAUCCUUGAUGACGUGACUGAGUGCGCGGACAUCAUCCAUGCGCAGAAUAACUACUGGAUGCUUGCGGCUUUCAUCUUCUACAUCCUUUUGAACUCUUUCAUGAUGCUGAACAUGCUCGUUGGGAUCCUUGUGGAGGCCAUGUCUUCGCACAGGUGUAAGUUCUCACUUGGAUGCAGAUACUCGUUGAUGCUUUGUCUAGAUGCCAGUGUAUUGAGCCUGCAAGUGGCUCUGCGAGUGCGACUCCGCUGCAUGUCUGCUCCGAACAGAACUUUUUACAGAUGA